AUGGAUUUCAAAUCAAAAACAUGGCCAGAUUUGAAUGCAAACGGUUCGUUAUCAGAAAAUUCAAUUAUUAUUCAAAAAUUUAAUAUUCUUACAUCGAAUCAAUAUAUUUCUACUCCACCAUCAAAAGCAAUUCGAAAUAAACAAUUUAGAAAGCCACCAGUACCAUCACGUUAUGUACUACCAAAAGUCAAUAAUGAUGCAACAAAAUUAAAACCAUUAACUAAUAGCAAGAAUACUACUCCAUUAACAACUAAUGAUAAUAAAGAAGAUAUUAUUGUUCCAGUUGUUAAUAAUAACAUAGAAACUAAACAACAAUCACAUUUAGAAGAGUUAAAUAAUCAAAAAAAUCUACCUGAUCAAAUUAAAUCUUUAAAUGAUACAAUUACUAGUAAUCAGGAUAGAAUAAAAGAUAUUACUAACACUCCUAAAUUAAUAAUAAAUCGUAGUAAUCGUUAUCAAACAAAUAAAAUAGAAGUUGAAACAAAAGAAAACGAUGAAAAAUCAAUUGAAAAACAAGAAACAUUAGAUUUAUUAGUCAAAAUAAAAGACAGUACUAGUGCAAUAACUAUUGGUCCUAUGCCAUUGUCUUUACAAGCUUGUCGUUUUGAAUUACCAUAUGAUUUAAAAAUACUUGAAAUAAUAACACCACUUGAUUAUCUUACUAAUUAUUGUCGUUUAUCAUCACGUCGACAAUAUCAAUUUAAACGUUUAUUUAAUAGAUAUCGUAAUAGAGAUUAUCUUUUUGAAUCAUCCUAUUUAUAUUUAUCAAUGAUUUCUAUACAUAAAGAAAAUUUUACACGUACACAAUUUAAUUAUCUUUGUGAAUUAAUUGAUUUAGAAAAACAGGAAUAUGAAUUCAAAUUUGAGACAUAUGCUGGUAUAUUAGCAUUAUGUGAACGAAUUAUAUAUUAUUCAUUAAAGUUAUAUGAUGAAAAUGAUAAUUUACAAUUAACAAAACAUGCAAUAGAAAAAUGUGAUUUUUAUGGUUUAGAUAGAAAACUUGAUGGAUUAGCUAUUAGUGAUACUAUGAAACAAUUGUUACGUGCACUGUAA